AAGAAUAUGACGAUAUGACCACCUUGAUACUCGGCAUCGGCGUAGGAUUAUUCAUUAUCCUCAGUCUGUGGGUGGUGGCCGCGUUAAUAUUCGUGAUAUCGUUGCGGGUCGAGAAGAAGGUCGGCGCGAUCGCUGUACUGAUUGUGAGCGCGAUUACGAUUAUUUUGAUUAGCGUGCCACGCGCGUCAGAGAAACCCGCGCCCACGGAGAAUAAGGUACAAUCGCAGAAAUAUAUUUAUACAAUAUCGAUUGCGUGUCUUUAAACAUCCUGUUGCGUGGUCGGAUGACAUCAGUGUUCGAAGAGAGCUAACCCGUCUUCAAUAUAUCAAAAGAAAGGGGAAGAGAAAGAGAAAGAGCACCUCUAGUACAAAUUAUUACAAUCGUCGUAUUAAUCGCUCUUUAUUUAUAUUGGAAAAAAAAAUUGUGUUGCGGGAACUUUUAAAUUAUAUUUUCACGGGAUUGUAUUAUUGAAAAAAUGGAAUAUAUAUAAAAUUAGAAAGUGUAUGAUCGACUUUUCAUUUGGCGUAUAACGCUUCUGAUUUUAUUAUCUAUCUCAUCUGCAAUUUCCCUCAUUGGAUAUAUUAAAUUUGGAUUGGUGGAAACUGUUAGACCAGUUAGGAUAUCCAGUUGGGUUUUUUAGACCCUUUGAUAUUCUUGCUUGCUGACAAAUAUGAUGAUCUUCAAUAUGUGCAAGAUUUAAUAUAUAAAUGUAAUGUUCAUCUGUUUACAUAGCUAUUAAUCUUUUAUUUAUAUUACAAGUAACGCGUUUAAAAGAAAGAAACAAUGUUGUGCAGUAUAAGAAAUUGCAUGCCAUUUGCGGUGAGACGUAUUUCAUUAUUUCGCCAAAAUAAUAAGCAUUACGAGAUAAGCAAUAACAACGAUUUUGUGAAUAAGGUAAUGAAUGGCACAGUGCCAGUUAUAGUCAAUUUUCACGCAGAUUGGUGUGACCCAUGCAAAAUAUUGACACCCAAAUUAAUAGAACUUAUAAAACCUAUGGACAAAUUAGAUCUAGCUAUAAUCGACGUAGAAGAAAAUCCUGAAUUGGUGCACGUUUUUGAAGUAAAAGCUGUACCUGCAGUAAUAGCAAUUUCAAAUGGCUUAGUCGUAGACAAAUUUAUCGGUUUAGUCAAUAACGAGAUGAUAGAGAAUUUAAUACAAAAGCUAAUACACGAAGGACCAAUAAAUACUACGGAUAACGAGAAUACUAAGUCCUAAUCAUGAUAACAUCGUAAAUUAUGUAAUACACAUUUUAUGCUUCCAUUUACUCUAUCACUUGUGAAUGUAUUUUCAUAUAGAAAAUAUGUAAUAUCUCAAGCUAUUUCGUCCGAGACUUACGGCCUUUCUUAAUCUAUAUCAGAUAAGCGUGCAUUAUAUAACUUAAAGAUUUUAGAUGUAUAUUUAUGUUGUAAAAUAGAAUAUAUAAUGAUAAUCCUCAUUAUAUAAUAUAUAACACACGAAGCUAAUAUAUACAUAUAUAUAUUAAUACAUAAAUCUUUUCAGGUUGUAUUGCAAUAUUUGUAUUCUUCUAUAUAGAAACAUAUACUCUAAUACAGAGCUUGCUCAGCAGCCUAUAUUCUUGAAUCGACCAAAAAGAUAUUAGAAAAUAGCGAUUUGUUCUUGAGAUAUUGAAAAAAAUUCAACAGAAUCUUAUAUUAUACAAAUCAUAAUAUUAUAGAAAGAGUAUUAGAAGCUAUUGUAGAACUCGUAAACUUGUCCAAGCACUUGUGAUAUACAUCUUUUUAGACACGACUUUUCAAUAUAUUCUUGAAAUAGUUAUUCAUUCACUCAAUAUUUAUAUAUGGCAUGUAAUAAAAAACACUUUACGAGUCAAUUCAAUAACAAAUUAUGUGCGAUGAUAAUAAAUUUGCAAUGUGAUUUGAAUUGCAUUAUUAUGAACAGAUAAAUAUUUGACAAAUAUUUUUUAAAUAUGCUUUAUAUGUAUAUAUACACAUAUCUAUAUAUUUUUUUCUUGAUAGAUUAAUUCUAUUUAAAAAAAUAUUUUCGGUAUCUCUCUAAUUUAUACAAAUAAUUUAAAUUGUACAAAGUGUAUAUAAAUUAAUUGCAGACAGUUAAUAAAGAGAUGAUAAGAAAA